GCUCCUGUGACCCAUGGAGCUUGCGUGAAAUGUGUCAUCUCCCUUGAAAGUAAAGCUAAUAUAAUUGCUAUCGUGUUUCUUGCCGCAGGAACAAUGCAGCUUCUACUGCUGCUUCAAGCGUGCCUAGUGUGCUUAGGUCUCUCUGGGGCGAGUAUUGAUCGGAAUUUUCUGAUGAUGUUUCCACCUCAUAAUGACCCAACAGCAAAUGCUAGCUACCAAGUAACAAUAACGGCGACUGGUGUUUGGACUGCAGUCACUGUGAAAGUCCUGCAAAGUGACUUUAUACAUAACAUCUCUCUCAAUGCAUCUCAGUCACAGACUGUUCACCUACCUUCAUCUGUGGGAAUGGCCAGUGCUCGUUCCUCCUCCCUCCUCAGCGUAGCAUCUGUACAGCCAGUUACAGUUCUUGCGACAUUCUGCACCCAGACUGGAUGUGAGCAUAACCUCCUUCAAGACGUGUCUUCCUGGGGGACUCAUUACUAUCCAGUUACCCCAAACUUCCCAACUCAGACAUCUGUCAGCGAAAUGGUGGUCACCAACUACAAUCGAGAGACAUCAGUGGAGAUCUUUCUCUCAGGGGAUGUGGUCUUUAACGGAGCUUUAUACUCUGAGGGAAGUUUCCUUAAGUUGCGUUUAGGGUUGUUUGAGAGCUUCUACCUCGAAAGUAACUUCAGUCUCUCUGGCUCAGAGCUUUAUUCGCAAGAACCCGUAGGUGUGAUAGUUGGUUUUACCUGUGUAAAAGACUUAUUAGGGCAUUGCCCAUAUGGAUUUUCAGAACUUAAACCAGUCUCUCUCUGGAGUUAUAAAUAUUUUCUGCCUCCCCUAGUAGAUUCUAAAACAAGUCCCAGUUUCCUGCUGGCUAUGACAAACAUAAACUCUAACUUGGAUGUCACCACUAGUAAGGAGCACAAGAGUAUGUCUUUAAAUGGAGGGGUGAUGAAGACUAUUCCAGUUUCGACCUUGGAUGAAGUUCAUGUCGUUAGCGACGUUCCGCUUCAGCUCAUUUAUUACCGACAUGACAUUGAGCAGCGUGCUUCAACUCUUACGGCACUGCUGUCUGUCGAAGAUAUCUGUCGGAAUGGGCCAGUGUCUGAUGCGAAUGUUUUGGAAUCUGUGGGACACUAUCUGAACACCGUAAACGAAGAGCUGAAUCCAUCACUUUGUGAAAAAAAAAUUUCCUCCUGUGAUGAUUUGCACUGUGGUCACAACAAGCAGUGCUCCUUCAGAAAUGGACAUCCAUUAUGUUCCUUGAAAACUAAAAUAUGCUCUGCAUGGGGUGAUUCUUAUUAUCGCAACUUUGACGGAAAACAUUUUGUUCUCCUGGGAAAUUGUAAUUAUACCUUGGUGCAGACCACUUGUCCAGGUAUAAAUGCUUCCACCCCACUUCAGAUUAAUAUCGCCAGAGCAUAUUUGAACGGGGCAGCUGUCUCUGGCAUUUACAGUGUGGAGAUAAAAAUCCAUGGUUUUAAUAUUUCCAUGGUUAAAGGAGAGAGGGAUCAAAUCAGGGUUAAUGGACAUCGCAAGAACCUUCCCGUCAUCUUGGGAAACGGGAUGCUAAGACUAUAUCCAAGUGGUCAAAGUGUUGUUCUGGAGACUUUCUUUGGCGUGACUCUGCAGUAUGACUGGGUUCAUAAUAUCCAGGUUGAAGCACACCCAGAGCUGCAUGGACUUGUGUGUGGUCUUUGUGGAAAUGCCAAUGACAGCAUCUCAGAUGACACAAUCACUUCUAAUGGUACCGUGUCCAAAACGAUGGAUUUUACCCUCCCUUGGGCUUUGGAAAGCAACACAGAUGCAUGUAUGGAAGACUGUGGAGAUGGCCCAUGUCAAUUGUGCAGUCCUACACAAUCUUAUCCUGGCAUAAUGGGCAACCCCUACGAGAAUAAUUGCACUUUACUGAAGAGGAAGGAUGGGCCUUUUAGUGACUGUCACUUGUUUAUUGAUCCUGAACCCUUUGUUCGUAGUUGUGAGAACAACCUGUGUCUCAGUGGAGCUGCCAGUUCAGUGUGUAAAGUGUUUGGAGCCUAUGCCAACAUCUGCCAGAGGCUUGGGGCCAGGAUCCAAAAUUGGAGAGCAAUAGCAAAGUGUCAUAUGACUUGUCCUAUAAAUAGCCAUUAUGAGGUGUGCGGAUCGGCUUGCCAGGCAACAUGUGGUAACCCAGAUCCCAGCCAUAACUGCGGCCUUCCUUGUUCGGAAUUGUGCCAGUGCUACAGGGGAUAUCUGCUAAGUAAUGGCAAGUGUGUCUUGCCCAGCGAGUGUGGUUGUGUUCAAAAUGGCUCCUAUUUUCUCCCCACAAAGACCUUUUGGAUGGAUCGGCAGUGUCAAGAGAAAUGCGUCUGCCAGCCUCAGUCCAAGACAAUUAUGUGCACACAGUCUCGCUGCCAGGCUGGAGAAAUCUGCAUGGUUUUAAAUGGAGUCAUCGGCUGCCACGCUGGGAGACCUGGCCUUUGUGUGGCCAAAGGAUAUCCUUACUACACCACAUUCGAUGGCCGGAAAUUUGAAGUUCACGGUAACUGUAGCUAUCUGCUCACAUCGCAUUGUCCCGCAUGGGGAGACCUGCAAGACUUCAGUAUCAAAGUUCAGAACCACGUCAAGGCAGGAACUAAUGUGUCUUUUCGACAUGUUGAAAUGUCCGUGGCUGGUUAUUCCAUUGAAAUGUCACCCGAGUGGCGUAGCAAGGUUAUGGUCAACGGUCUGCUGCUGAACCUUCCUUCUGUUUUGAGCCAAGGCAAAGUAAUGCUGUACCUGAAAGGACAGUCGGAGUGUAUAGAAACGGACUUUGGUGUUGUUGUGACAUACAGCCCAGACAUCUUCACUGUCACAAUGCCCAAGGUCUUCGCUGGUAAUCUGUGUGGAUUGUGUGGAAACUUUAAUGAUGACCCACAGGAUGACCUGGUGACGGAUGACUUUGCUAUCACUCAAGCAGUCAGAUACUGGAGAACCAGUAGUGAACAUGAAUGUUGGGAGGUACCCAUGAGCACCUCGGGCUGCAAUCCACAAAAGCAGGAUCUUUAUCAGGGAAAGGAGUUUUGUGGGAGGAUAAUGGAUCCUUUGGGUGCAUUCCAGAGCUGCCACAAAAUAGUAGAUCCACAAGAUUUCUAUGAUGACUGUGUUUAUGACCUCUGCAAUGGUAACCAGACAACCCUGUGCCAGAUUCUGUCCGACUAUGUUGCAGUAUGUCAAGAAAUGGGCGCUGCAGUGCAUGAAUGGCGAGAUUCCAACUUUUGCUCUGUAACAUGCCCAUCUAAGAGUGAAUACCACCUCUGUUCUACUCACAUGUUUGCCUGUGCCCGAAACACAAAUCGGCUUUCAGAAAGAUGCAAGGAAGGCUGUUUUUGCAAGCCUGGAUUUUUCCAAAGUGGUGGGGAAUGUGUACCAAAUUCUGAAUGUGGAUGCAAUUAUAAUGGUGUUUACUACAAGAUCCAUGAAAACUUCUACCCUGAUGAGAACUGCCUUCGGUCCUGCGCGUGUGUGGGCCACAAUAUAGUGCAAUGUAGACACCACACAUGUCCCGCCGGAACAAAGUGUGUUAUCAAACAUGGCCGUCGUGCAUGCCAUGGCUCACAUGUUAAAUGUACUGUCAUGGGUGGCAGACACUUUGAGACCUUUCAGGGGCAUUCCUUUGAUUUGAACAUGGGGAAUUUGCAUCACCUCUUGUUCCAGCUCUGUGAUGAACCUGAGCUUUCUGCUGCUAUUCAUGAAGGCCAGCUGCACCUUAAAAUCCAUGACAUGAACCUGACACUGUCCGGAGAGCAUUUUGGAAAUGUUGAGAUCGACGGUCUUUUGAAGGCCCUACCUUUUUAUAUGAAUGGUGUCGCAGUACUGCCUUAUGGCUCACUGACUCGUAUCAUUGCUGCAGACCUGAGCACUGUGAUCACCUUUGGAGGACCCAAUUUAAUACAAUUGACUAUUCCAGCCACACACAAAAGACUUUGUGGCUUGUGUCAAAUUGGUGCUACAGAUGACCAAGGAAGUAGGAUGUCCGAUUACUCCAUGCAUACAUCAUCAUCCCUGUGCUUUUCUCCCACUGGAACAAACUGCGCCGUUGACUGUCAUGAUUGUGUUUUAUGCAACUCCAUUCCGGAAUUUAAAUCGGAUGGCCUCUGCGGCAUGUUGCUUGCUCCUGGAGGCUUAUUUGGGAUUUGCCAUUCCACAGUAGACCCAAUGCCAUUCUUCCACAACUGUGUGAAAGAUUUGUGCAGGUCAAAUGACACUGAAACGUUUUGUGACAGUUUGAGUCAUUACACGUUUGCUUGCCAGGAUGCAGGAGCUGAGAUCAAACCAUGGAGGGGGGACAUUUGUGCACUUUCCUGCCCUGAGCAUUCUCACUACAAUAUAUGUGGUAAUGCAUGCUCAGAGUCCUGCGUAAUAUCUGAUGUACCCUGUCCAUCGACCUGCUAUGAGGGAUGUCAGUGUGAUUCUGGAUACAUGCAGAGUGGUAAUCGCUGUGUCAAACCGGAACGAUGUGGAUGUUUCUACCUCGGGCAGUACUAUAAGUUUAUUGCUCUACAGGUUGGGGAAGUUCUGUGGACUGUCAACUGUUCCAAGCAGUGUACCUGCUGCUCUCCUGCCACCCUGUGCUGUAAAGCAGCUUCCUGCCCCAAGGGGCAGAACUGCAUAUUUGAUACAAAUUGGCAAUGUGCAGAGAGAAAAAUCUUCAUCUGCCCAGUAAAUAGCCAUUAUGAGUCCUGUGGGACCGCCUGCCCUGCUACCUGUGAAGCACACUUAAAUUCAUUCUGCACUGAAGCAUGUGUGGAAGGAUGCCAGUGUGACCCUGGAUUUCUUCUUGAUGGUGGCGUCUGUAUCACCCCAUCUCAGUGUGGCUGUACAUACAAUGGAGACCAUUACCACAGCAACGCGACCUUUUGGGCUGAUGAGUCGUGUACUCAACACUGUAUAUGUAAUGCCUACACACACCGGAUUCAUUGCCGUGAUGCUUCUUGUAAUGAGGAUCAGUAUUGUGGUAUUCAAAAUGGAGUCAGAAGCUGUGUGCAGCAUAAUUAUCAAAUGUGCCGCUACACUGGUCAUCGUGUACUAACAUUUGACAAGCGUGAGUAUAGUUUCCUUGGCACCUGCAGGUAUCAGUUACUGGGCAUCUGUGAACAGUUGCCAGGUCUUGAUGUCAUCACAGUUGAUGUACAGGCAGAUGCAUAUAAUCAGUCACAAAUGGUCUUUGUUAGCAUAAAUGGACAACAAGUGCAACUGGAUAACAAAAAUCCAGAAAGCAUUGAGGUUGAUGGCACCAAGAGAAAUAUGCCUUUUUCUGCCAAUGGAACGACAUUGUUGUUUUCAAUGGGGCUGCACAUUUACGUCUAUUCAACAUUUUUCUUUUUAAGUAUUAGCAAAGAAGGGAUCAUAGUCAUUAAUCUCUCUAGUAAAUAUGCUGAUGCCACUUGCGGCCUGUGUGGCAACUUCAAUUCUGAUCUUGCUGAUGACCUCAUGGUAAAUGGCUCAUGGGAGAAUCUCACUCCAGAGCAAUUUGGAAAAGCUUGGAGACGCGGACAGAACGACGGGUGUGUGGAAGGUUGCCUUGGUGGAAGCUGUCCAUAUUGUUCAUCUGAGGCUUUGCACCCCUUCUCUGACCCAGUGGCCUGUGGGAAGAUUCUGGAAGUUAAUGGACCAUUCAGACACUGUCAUAGCAAAGUGGACCCCUCCAGCUUUUACAAGAGCUGCGUCAGUGACCUGUGUCUUUAUGGAGAUGUGCAGCCCACAGUGUGCCGUUCCCUGGCAGAGUAUGCUGAUGUCUGCCUUCAUCACAAGGCUUUAGUUUAUGCCUGGAGGAGCUCUGAAUUUUGCUAUGAUGCAUGUCCCUCCAGUACCAGCUACAAUAUGAGUAACUCCCCUGUUGACAUUUGCCUUGGCUGGCUUAAUUUGACAAUUCAGGUCCCUCCCAACAUUGGGGAGAACUGUCUCUGUGGAGCAGGUUUAGUCCACAGUGGAAGGAACUGCGUCAAUCCAGCCAACUGUGGCUGCUGGUAUGGAAAUUCAGAAUACAUCUUACCUGGACAAGAGAAGUCUACAUGUGAGCAAAGGUGUUUGUGUCAUUCUGGUGGCAACCUGACGUGUGUUGAUGCAUCAUGUAGUCAGGAGGAAGAGUGUACCCUCAUCGGGGGCAUUCUAGGUUGCCACCCCAAACUUAAGAUGGCCAACUGCUACAUUAAUGGAUCCCAGUUGAGUACGUUUGAUGGACACUUGUAUGAGUUCCGUGGCCCGUGCAAUUACAUUCUUGUUCAAACAUGCAAGGAUCUGACUAUGGAGCCACUUUUGAUUACCAUCAAUGGGAACCAGAGUGAAGGCAAACAGAUUUAUCUGCAAUUCAAUAAUGUGACUAUUAUGAUGUCAACUGCUUAUCCUGAAAACAUCCAAGUUAAUGAAAUGUAUGAGAAUCUCCCAUUCUCGAGGAACAAUGUAACUGUGCAUCAAAAAAAUGAAUGGAGAACUGUCAAGGUUGGACACCUGGUAGAAAUUAUUUCUGACUUUGGCAACUAUGUAGCGGUCAAGCUACCAAAGGCUUAUCACCAGACAACAUGCGGUCUUUGUGGAAACUACAAUGAUGAUCCCUCGGAUGACAUGCAGCUACCCAAUGGCACUGCUGUCUCCGAUCCAGACAUCUUUGGGCAAUCAUGGAAGUUGCCGGGCUCAGAAGCCUCCUGCAGCGAAACAUGUGACGGCACCUGCCAACGCUGUCGAUCCCCUGUGCCAGAGUAUACCUCUAACCUGUACUGUGGCCUUCUUACCCAUCCAAAGGGGCCCUUCUCCUCUUGUCACAAUUCGAUAUGCCCACAGAAUUAUUACACCCAAUGCCUGAAUAACCUCUGUGUCACAGAAGGCCAAAAACAAGCCUUAUGUGAAGCUUUAGAAGUGUAUGAUGCGGCAUGCAAAGUGGCUGGUGUGAAUGUUGACCCCUGGAGGAACAUCACAGGUUGUGCUCAGAAAUGUCCUCAGUUCAGCCAUUUCAACCAGUGUGCCAACGUUUGCUCCUCCCUCUGUCCUGAGAUCAGCUUUUCUGCACAGUGUCCCAGAGACUGUGGGGAAGGAUGCCAGUGUGAUGCUCAUCACCUUUAUAAUGGUCAAGCAUGUGUGCCAGCCAAGCAGUGUGGCUGCAUGCAUGAAGAGAGGAGGCUUAAGGCGUCUGAAAGUGUACUUCUACAAAACUGUACUGUGAACUGCACCUGUGGGCCUCCACUUAUCUGUGAGGAAUACAAGUGUCCGCCACUGCACAGUUGCAUGGUUUUAGACGGACUGUCUGGCUGCCACAAAGAUGAACGAGGCCAAGAUUCCUGUGCGGUAAAGUGUGACAAAUCGGAGCUUUGCCACCUGAGCAACGGUGAAGCAGUUUGUGAGAGUCGUCCGGGUCUGUGUUGGACCUGGGGAAGCCAACACUACCACACCUUCGAUGGAUUAAGCUAUGACGUCAAGGGUACCUGCACAUACCUGCUUUCAGGCAGCAGAGGUGCAGGAAGUGGUGCGACACCUUUCUUGGUGUCUAAGAAAAGUGACUGCGAAGAAGUGUCCUCUGUGCAGCUGGUGACUGUGCAAGCAUAUGGCUUUGUCAUAAAGUUUGGCGACAAGGACAGUGUAUACGUUAAUGGUCAAGUAAAUUAUAUUCCUGUUACUCUUCUUUGGGGUAAGAUUGAAGUUUCUAACAAAGAGGGAAAAACUCUACUGAAGACUGACUUCGGGCUGCGUGUACUGUUUGACUGGAAUACCACCAUUCUUAUAACGCUGGACCCCAACUAUAAGGAUAUUGUCUACGGGCUGUGUGGUAAUUUUAAUGGUGAUACUCAAGACGACUUUGCAAUUCAUUUGCACGGAAUCGGUCUCUCUAAAACGAGCGUGGAGUUGGCUCAAGCUUAUCGUGUUUUUGAUGGUGAUCAUAACUGUUGUACUGGUUGUGAAAAGAACACAUUGGAUAACUCUACAUUGCUGGAAGAUUUGUCAAAUGCAAUCGUUGUCACUCAGAAAAGUCACUGUGAUGAUCUCAUUGAUCCAGCUGGUCCAUUUGCACAUUGUCACACUCAUCUCAGCUCGGACUCCUUUUAUCAAAGUUGCAUAGCGGACCUCAUACAAGGCAGAUCAGAGGAUGUUCUUAAACAGGCCACAACGUCCUAUUCUGCAAUCUGUGAAGAGCUAAGUGAUUACGUAGCCCCCGAAAUGACAAUUGUUGCAAGAUGUCCACCAAACAGCCACUACAAGACUUGUGGGUCAGCCUGUCCCCCAACCUGUGAAUCUAAAAGAGUCUGCCAUAGUGCUUGUGUCCAAGGCUGCUUCUGUAACCCGGGUUUCAUCAACAGUCCGGAGGGUUGCGUGCCACCUAAGCAAUGUGGUUGCAUCGACCCCAGAGGCAAAUACCACCGCCUGAACUCCACUUUCUGGAUCCCAGAUGACUGUGGACAACUCUGCCUCUGUAAAUCAGGAAAAACUAAGUGCACUUUAUCUCGGUGCCCGAAAGGAAUGUCCUGCAAGCAACUUCCUGGCAAAAGGAUGUGUCAAGCUGACAAACCUCAGAACUGUAGCAUUGUCACUGGGAUGCACUUCACCACUUUUGAUGGACAUAGUUAUGACUUUAGGGACAGCUGUGCCUAUGUUUUAGUCCAAGCAAACACCAAUAUAAAUGGAUCCGAACCAUUCAACAUCACCAUCUCGGAUGCAAGUUGCCACAAAAGAUUCUUUCAUAGCUUCACUUUAACGCUCUCAAUAUACAAUUUGAAAGUAGUAGUUGGCAAAGGUGACAUUGACAAAGUGCUGGUGAGUACCCAUUCCCCGUAUACUUUUAAAUACUACCCAGAAAAUUACAAUUUUGAAUUCUUCUAUCCUCAGGUCAAUGGACUGCAGAAGCCUUUGCCAUACUCGCACCAUACAGGACAUUUCACUACCUACCAAACGCCUUCAUCUCUAGUUAUUCAUGUUGAUAUGGGAUUGCAGGUGACUGUCUAUAAAACUGGCACUGUGAUGGUGGGCCUCCCUAGUAGUUAUGAAUCAUUUGUUCGCGGUCUCUGUGGGAAUGCCAACUCUGACCCUUAUGAUGACCAAAUCAUGCCAGAUGAAGAGGAAGCUCAAAAUACGCUGGAGUUUGUUCACAGCUGGAGAUUGGGAGGGGCGAUGGCCUGUCGGUCCCGCUGCACUUCCAGACCGAACAACUGCCCUGCGAAUGCACGGAAACGUUUUGAAGGAACUAAUUUUUGUGGGAUCCUCAGGGAUGAGUUUGGUCCUUUUGCAGAGUGCCUUUUAGUUCUGAGUCCAAAGCUGUACUUCCACAACUGUUUAGCAGACGCCUGUUUUUAUGGAGGACAUUAUUUGGCACUUUGCAAUUCCAUCACAGCCUUUGCAGCUGCCUGCCAAGCAGCUCAGUUGCCUAUCAGGCACUGGAGGAGUGAUACCUUCUGUGGUAUGACAUGUCCCAAAAAUAGUCACUAUGAACUGUGUGGACCUCGAUGUCCUGCUGUAUGUGAAGGACUUUCCUCUGCAACCAAAUGCAGUGGCGGUUGUGAGGAGGGUUGCCAGUGUGACCCUGGAUAUGUCCUCCGUCAUGAUCGUUGUGUAUCGAUGGCAGACUGCGGUUGCUUUUACGCAGGACGAUACCAUCCCGCUGGUUACUUUUCAGAACCAAAAAACUGUCGCAUUUGUUACUGUCGUGAUGGGAAAGUGACUUGCAGACCAUCACUCUGUAGACCCAAAGAGCCUUUCUUGUCAAGUGAUGGCCUUUUUGAGUCAACACCUCGGCAUCAUGGAGCAUGUGAAGUUUUUGCUGGGUUUGGCUACGUCACUUUUGACGGUUUGGUUAUACGUCACCAUGGUGCUUGCAGCAUUUUAGUGUCUGAACGCUCUCCCAAAGAGAUACAUGGCCACAGUCUGCUGCUUAGCUUUGAGGAGGGUGUAGAUGACUCAAUUUUUACUGUCAGCAAGGUAGAAUUUAUUCUGGCUGCAGUGGAAAUAACCAUCAAUCCAGAAGCGCCUUGGAAAAUACAAGUAAAUGGCGAGGACUUCAAGGUACCCUACAGUAUUGAUGUACUUAAAGCUUAUGAAGAUGGUGGUCGGUUGAUCAUCACAUCUGUGGCUGGGGUGAGUCUUGAGGUGUCCUCCACAAAGUAUCUCAGGCUGAGCAUACCUCAGGAUUAUAAUGGCACAACAUCAGGCCUUUGUGGGAAUUUCAAUGGGGACGAAUCUGACGACCUGCAACUACGGAGUGGUUAUCUAGCCAAAAAUAUUUCAGCAUUUUUCUAUGACUGGUCUAUUGUUGCUCCUGGACGGAAUUGCAGUGGGUCUUGUGGAAAGGACUGUGGUCAGUGCACAUUGUCUGCAAAGGCCGAAACAAUUUGUGACAUCCUCUUGACCACACAUACUGAAUUCAAUCACUGCUGGAACAAGGGUGUUAAACCCAAAGUAUACAGAGAUGUGUGCCUCAGAGCCAUUUGUGGUGGAGCUGCAUAUACGGAAGCAGUUUGUCUAGUAUUGGAAGCCUACAUGGCAGCUUGCCAGGCCAAGGGAGUAAAUGUCGGUUCCUGGAGAGAAAACAGCCCUUGCUCUUUCAAGUGUCCUGACCGCAGCAGCCCAAGUCAGUGUGUUGACUACAACUCCAACUCAUGUCCUGCCCUGCUGCAUCCCGAGUCCCCGGCAGAUGGGUGUUCAGAAGGAUGCCGGUGCCAGAAUGGAAAAGUGUUUGACGAGGGCAAAUGUGUACCGGUCAGCCAAUGUGGGUGUGUGCUUCAUGGCAAAUAUAUUAAGAUUAAUGAGCAGCUGUACAGCGAGAACUGCACAGAGAGAUGCUGGUGCCAUCCUCAAGGUGGCGCUUUGUGUGAGAAGGCUGCUUGCAGCCCUGGGCAGUUGUGCUCUCUGACGAAUGGCUCCUGGUGCUGUGUUGGCCAGGAAGUCUGUCAACUCAAGAACAGCCUACAGCUCUCCACUUUCAAUGGGCAGCAGCUGAGCUUGGCACCACAGACGCCUUACCAACUGAUGGGCCUUUGCGACGAGACCUCUAAAAAUUGGUUUAACCUCAUUUCUUACUCUGGACACUGUGAUAGACGUGGCAUCAAACUUGUUACAGUGUUUCAUAUCCUCCUUGUGGGAUCCUCAAUUGUUAUCCAAGAUGGCAUUGUGAAGGUGAAUGGACACCUUGUGCCUUUGCCUUACACUUUGCCUUUAGGGGUGUCCCUGUCAUCUGCCAUGGCCCAGGACAAGUCUGAAGUGGUCGUGGUCCUGACGAGAGAGGCUGGACUGGAAUCAGAGUUGGAAAUGGAGAUCGGCAUCACUAUGGCCACCCUCAAGGCAGCUCCUUGGUAUGCUGGAAAGCUAUGUGGCAUCUGCGGAAAUCUGAGUGACCCGCACUGGCAUACAUCGGUCAAGUCAUGGGCGCUUUCAGAUUUUCAAGGCUGCUUGACUCUUUGAAAUGGCAGCGUUUCCAUUUGUUGACUCCUCCAAUAAAACAAGUAAAAUGCA